AUGAAUCUUUAAUAAAACGGAAAUGUAUUAUUUUCUUAAAUGAAGGUAAUACCAAAAUUAAAUAAUGGAAUUUUCGCAUCAACAGAAACAAUAUUAUAGUUUCAAGAUAAAUUAAAAACUCCAAUUUUUCAUUCAUCUUCACUUCCUUGUAAUUCAAGUUAAUAGAACGUAUCAGAACAACAAGAGACAGAAGAAAUAGAUGUGCUUUCUACAUAACAGAUUAAUCAACUUUCAUAAAUUAAAAAAGAUAAUGAGGUGCCAAUACAAUCCAGAAUUUAGACUAACUGCUAGCUGAAGCGAUAAGAAUCUGAAGAAUGCUAAAUAUGCACUAUGAAUUAUUAAUAAGAUUCAAAUGAAGCCUUAAAGACUCCUUGCUGCUUUCGGAUAGUUCAUGCUGAUUGCUAUAAACAAAGUUUAUAAUAAAAGGCAAUAUAACAUAUGAAUUUUGACCUAAUCACUUGUUACUCUUGUAUGCAAUCAUUAAAAGGCUAUAAUGAAUUUUUAAAAACAAAUAUUUCUAUUUCACUUUAUGGUGAAAUUGUAAAAAGGAAAUUAUUAGCAGAAAUUCCUCUCAAAUGUUGUAAAUGUUAACUGCCAAUUAAAGCUAGCAAAGAGAUUCUAAGUAAAUAGGUAAAGCUAGAAUGUUUAUAAUGCAAUACGAUGCUUUGUAGUUUGUGUCGUCAAGAAUAUCAUGGCGAAAACUAAUAUAAUUAAUCCUGUCCAAGUCUAUUAAUCGAUAUUUAAAAGGCAUUUUUGAAUAUGCCAAUUCUUGUUUGUCCUUUUUGUCUGCUACUUCAAACAAAGGAUGAUAGAUGCAAUCAUGUGAAAUGUUUCAGUUGCUAGAAAGAAUUAUGUUCAGCUUGUUCUGUGGAUCGAAUUCCAAUAUUGGCUCAUGGAAAUCAUUAUCACAGAGAAGGAUGUCCUGACUAUAAGCAAUGGGAACUCAAUGAUAAAGUAGUUAAAAAAAAAGAAUUCGAUAAAAAAAAGUGUUAAAGAUGUUAGGAAUCAGGUAAACCUUGUGAAUAUCCAAUGAGUUUGUAAGAGUACAAGAAAUAAAUACAGUUUUGA